AUGAAAAUUUUCCUCGGGAUCGUGGUGGACAGCGAGUUUCUGACUGACUUGGGAGAGGCUCUUCUUCAGAAACACGAAGUCCUGAAGGUUCCGGUGCUGAUGGGAAUCACCAACCAUGAGUUUGGCUGGAUCUUACCUCAGAGCUUCGCCGCUCCUGGCUGGGAGAAUGGAAUGAACAGAGAGGCCGUGCUGGCGGUGGUGAACAUGUUUAAUCCUCCAGGGGCCUCCUUUGCAAACAACCUCAUUGUAGAUGAAUACCUACAAGAUGCUAAAACUCCAGAGGAGAUCAGAGACGGAUUCACUGAAAUCAUGGGAGACCUGCUGAUGACACUGUCUGUUGUCCGAGUGGCCGGGUACCACUCAGACGUGGGUGUUCCAGUUUACAUGUAUGAGUUUGUAUACCAGGCUGAGAUAUACAAACAGAACAGGCCCAGCUUUGUGAAAGCAGAUCACGCAGAUGAUGUCAGCUUGAUGUUUGGUGGAUGUUUCUGGAAUGGAAAUAUAAAAAUCUUAGGCAACAUCACCAAAGAGGAUGAGAGAUUUUGCAGGACGAUGAUGUCAUACUGGGCUAAUUUGGUCCGAGAUGGCUCUCCCAAUGGUCCUGGGCUGGUCAGCUGGCCUCCAUACAACAGGCAGAAGCAGGAGUACAUGGAGCUGGGCCCGACUCAGACUGUGAAACAGAAAUUGAGGAAGGAUAGGGUCCACUUCGCUACUGUCACCCUGCCUCAGAAGCUCCAAGAGUUGGAAGCAGCAGCCAAACUGGUGCCUGAAAACUGAUGACUGAUAAAGUUUUACAGCGACA